UUUUUAGGGUUGUUUUCUUAUUCUUAUUAUAACGUAAACAGAUCUUUGAUAGAGAGGUUAUGUUUUGUAAAUUCACUUGUUAAUCCUGAAAGCGUUGCAUUUUGUAAACGGUUUCAAUAAUCUUAAGAGUAGUUCAGAUGUCUGAAACUUCAGCUAUAAACAAUGAAGAGAAGAAAUUGGACUGGAUGUAUAAAGAUUCCUCCCAAAUUGUGGACAGGGAAGAGUAUUUGCUGGGAAGGAAGGUUGACAAACAAUUUGAAAACAGCAUUCUCCCUUCAGAUAAGAACCAAGAAUGCCUGCCAACUUCUAUUUUCUCUGAACCACCAGUGGAAAGCCAAGUCGAUAUUGCCAGGAAGCUGCAAGAGGAUCCACUAUAUCUAAUUAAGAAGAAGGAAAUAGAAAGCCGCGAACAACUGCUGAAGAAUCCACGGAAACUCAAACAGUUACAGGAGAUGGUUGCAAGACAACAGGCUGCUGCCGAGAAACUGCGAAAAAAACAAUUAAAAAAAGCAAAAAAGAAAAAAGGAAAAGAUUUAGAUUCUCUUCUGGCUGAAAAAUGUAAAAAACUGUUUGGUGGAUUUGAUGUAAAACGUCUCGUAGAUUUAGGGAGUAGCAAUGAAGACAGUGGUGAUGACGAAGACAUUGGAAAGACAAAGAGUAAAAAGAAGAAAGCCAACAAUGACCUUGAUAAGUUAUUAGCUGUGAAGUAUAAAAAGAUAGUGGGAAAUAUAGAUGGAAAUAAGUUGGAUGAAAUGGACAGUAGUAGUAGUAGUAGUAGUAGUAGUGAUGAUGAUACAGACAGCAGCACAGAAGAUGACAGGAAGAAAAAGAAGAAUAAGAAAGUAUCAAAAUCAAUUUCAUCAGAUGAGGCUUCUCAAAAAAAUUGGAGGAAAAAAAGAAAGACCAAAAGUGGGAGAAAAUAUAGCUCAGGUGACAGAAAAUAUGUACAAUCAAUAAAUAAAAGUAAGAUUAAAGAAAAUAGUAAGAUAAGGAAAGAUUCUUCUUCUGAAGAAUGGAGUAGUGAAAAGAAAAAUUCCAAACAUAAAAGGAAAUACAGAGAUCCUUCUAGUAGUGACAGUGAUGUUUCAUCUUCUAGAAGAGAUAAAAACAAACAUAAAUCAAAAUUAAAAAAUAAGAUAGUAGAAAGGGAUCAAGAUAAUUCAACUGAUAGCAACUCGCAGUGUGAUAAGCGUAGUAAAGAGAAACAGAAAAGAAGAAAUUAUGAUGCCAAAGAAAGUAAAAAGAAAUUUGAUCUUAAAAGGGACACUGAAGACAAAUUCAAUAAAAGUAAGAAAACACACAGAAAUAAAAGAGACAGUCAUGAAAUGAGUCAUUCAGAAGAUGUUGACAGUCGCCACCGUAGUAGAAAUUCCAAAACAACUGAAAAGGUUAAAAGUGAGAAAUAUAAAAAUAAACGUGAAAAAUCUUGUAGUUCAUCCUCUAAAAGUGUAAGUGAAAGUGAAAUUGAAAACGGUAGUACACAUAAAAAAACUCGAUCAUCCCUCAAAAGAAAAAUUGAAAGUAAAAGAAGUAAAAGCUCACCUUCACAUAGUAGACAUAGACCAAGUAAAUAUUCUAAAGAAAGAAAUAAAAGUUCAUCAAGUGCAUCGUCUGAAGAUUUAACUACAACUGGGAUAAAUCAAAAAGGAAAGCAGUAUGGACUAGUGCUGCCGACAAAUUACGUGCCAAGAGAUAAACCAAAGGAGGAGGAAAACAAGAAACCUUUAUUACAAGAAGAUGUAAAAAAACAGAAGAUAGAACCCAAGCGGAAGCUAACUGAAGAAGAAAAGCAGCUCAAGUUGAAGGAGAUGAUGAGUAAUGCAAAGUGGCGCGAUGACUUGCGUGACAAAAAUAUAAAAGCACACGAAGAAAAGUUGAAAACAGAAAAGGAUGAUUACAUUUACAAUGAAGACUUCAUGAGAAACCAAAUGGCCUAUGCUAUGUCUCAGGAAACGGUAGAAUCUAGAGUAAAAGCCAACGUUAACAGUAUCCAGCGAAGUGGGAGAGCCAUGAAUGAAAAUUUUGCCAAGAGAAAUUAACUCUUAUGUAAUACUGUAAAUAUAUUUUUGUACAUUAAAGUAAUAUUAUAUCCAA